AUGAAAAUGUCACCAGAACUUAUAAGGAGUCACACAGUAAAAUAUAAUCACCUGAAAUUGUUUCUCUCUAGGUGUGAGAAGAGGAAGUUCCAGCAGCCAGAGGAGACUUCUCCUGAACUGGAAGAGCGAGUCAGUGAUUUCUCCCAGAAAACUAUUGUGGUAUUGGAGACUCUGGGGAAGUUCAAAGACACUCUGCCAUCUGCACUAGAGAUGAAAAGAGGAGGAUCCCUAGGAACAUUUAGACAGGUGAAUGUGACUCUGGAUCCAGACACGGCUCAUCCCAGCCUCGUCCUGUCUGAAGAUGGGAAAUGUGUGACACGGGGAGACACACAGCAGCGAUUGCCCAACCACCCAGAGAGAUUUGAUUCUUGGGCCUGUGUGCUGGGCUGUGAGGGAUUCACCUCAGGGAGACAUUGCUGGGAGGUGGAGGUCGGGGAUGGGGGAUUCUGGGCUGUGGGGGUGGCCAGAGAGUCUGUGGGGAGGAAGGGAUGGAUCAGACUUAGCCCUGAGGGGGGGAUCUGGGCUGUGGAGUGGUGGGAGCGUCACUUCCAUGUUCUCACCGACCCUGCGACCCCCCUGGCCCUGAGCCGGGUCCCCAGCAGGAUCCGGGUUUGUCUGGACUGUGACCGGGGGCAGGUGACAUUUAUCGAUGCUGGUGACGAGGCCCCGAUCUUCACUUUCCCGCCGGGCUCCAUCCAUGGGGAGAGAAUCCGACCCUGGCUCUGGGUGUGGCUGGGAGCCCGGCUCCGACUGCGUCCCUGAGAGGGGUGGGGAAUAUCCCACUGGAGAACCAGAAAUCAGCCUUUCUAGCCUCACACAACCCAGUCUCUAUCACCUUGGAGGACUCCUGUCUACCCAGCCCCUGACUCCUCAUGUCUAUGACCUGU